CAAGUCAAAUAGCCUCUCGCCGGUCCUCCAGACUUCCAGCGAGAAGAAAGAGAGAGCGUCCCCGGAAACCACCGAAGCUGUGGGGUAGAGCGUCACACACUGUUCCUCUUCCGGCGUCCGCCUCGGUGGCUGUGUACUUCCGGGCAGGGGCCGUGGGCUCCGCCGAGGUGCGAGUGACUGACGGGAGCCGCUGGAUUUCGUCGUUCGCAAGGCUGUAGCCUAGUUGGGAGACUUGGAUUCUCCCUGACCCUGAGGUUAGUGGAAAAUGCCGCCUGAAGUAGACGGCUCUGACUCUGGGCCAAAAGACCAAGUCUGUGACAGGAAACUGCGUGAGGGGACUGAAGAGCCGGGAGACAGCACGUUGGAAAUCCUUUCCGAUUCUGACAUUUCCCAGUACAAUGACUCAGGCUGAGAUUAAACUGUGUUCUUUGUUGCUACAAGAGCAUUUUGGAGAGAUUGUAGAAAAAAUUGGAGUGCACCUAAUCAGAACUGGCAGUCAGCCACUGAGAGUAAUUGUCCAUGACACAGGAACAUCUCUGGAUCAGGUAAAAAAAGCACUUUGUGUCCUCAUCCAACAUAACCUGGUGAUGUAUCAAGUGCAUAAACGUGGUGUGGUUGAGUAUGAAGCCCACUGCAGCCGGGUACUACGAAUGCUUAGGUAUCCCCGGUACAUCUAUACUACCAAAGCACUUUAUGGUGACACUGGAGAGCUGAUUAUUGAGGAGCUGCUGUUGAAUGGCAAAAUGACAAUGUCAGCUGUCGUAAAGAAAGUGGCAGACCGUCUCACAGAGACCGUGGAGGAUGGCAAGACCAUGGACUACGCUGAGGUAUCAAACACUUUUAUGCAACUGGCAGAUACACGCUUUGUACAGCGUUGCCCCAUGGUGCAUACCCCUGAGAAUUCAGACACUGGUCCUCCACCGCCUGCCCCUAACCUUGUCAUUAAUGAAAAGGACAUGUACUUGGUUCCUAAACUGAGCUUGAUAGGGAAAGGUAAAAGGAGAAGAUCAUCAGACGAAGAUGCUGCUGGUGAGCCUAAGGCCAAGAGACCAAAACACCCCACAGAUAACAAAGAGCCCAUUCCAGAUGAUGGGAUUUAUUGGCAGGCCAACCUCGACAGAUUCCACCAACACUUCCGUGACCAAGCCAUUGUGAGCGCGGUUGCGAACAGGAUGGACCAGACGAGCAGUGAGAUAGUGCGGGCCAUGCUUCGGAUGAGUGAGGUUACUACUUCCUCUGAUGCCCCCUUCACCCAGCCAUUAUCUUCCAAUGAGAUCUUCAGAUCGCUUCCUGUUGGCUAUAACAUCUCUAAGCAAGUCCUCGACCAGUAUCUCACUCUGCUUGCAGAUGACCCACUGGAGUUUGUUGGAAAGUCUGGUGACAGUGGUGGAGGAAUGUAUGUCAUCAACUUCUGUAAGGCAUUAGCAUCCCUAGCCACGGCCACUCUGGAGUCUGUCAUACAGGAGAGAUUUGGAUCUCGCUGUGCCAGAAUAUUCCGUCUGGUUUUGCAAAAGAAACACCUAGAGCAGAAGCAAGUGGAGGACUUUGCAAUGAUUCCUGCAAAGGAGGCAAAGGAUAUGCUAUAUAAGAUGCUCUCAGAAAAUUUCAUAUCACUCCAGGAAAUUCCAAAAACUCCAGACCAUGCCCCUUCCAGAACCUUCUAUUUAUAUACUGUGAAUAUCCUAUCAGCUGCACGAAUGUUGUUGCACAGGUGCUACAAGAGUGUAACCAACUUGAUAGAAAGGCGGCAGUUUGAAACUAAAGAGAACAAGCGUCUACUCGAAAAGUCUCAGAGGGUAGAAGCCAUCAUUGCAUCUGUGCAAGCCACAGGUGCAGAGGAAGCGCAGCUGCAAGAAAUAGAGGAGAUGAUCACAGCCCCUGAGCGCCAGCAGCUGGAGACCCUGAAGCGGAAUGUCAACAAGUUGGAUGCCAGUGAGAUCCAGGUAGAUGAAACCAUCUUCCUGCUGGAGUCAUACAUUGAGAGCACCAUGAAGAGACAAUGACCCAGAAGAAUCAUCUUCCUCAAAAGAGAAACAAAGGAGGUGCCUGGAUACAUUCUCUUCAGUAAGAGAAGUUGCAGGUUCUUGUUCUGAAAUCCCCUCUCUGUUCCUACUGCUCAGUGUUCAGAUGAGAGGGUUUGAAACUGGGCGUGGUGGUGACUGCCUAUAAUCCCAGAACUCUGGAGGGCUAUAGCAGGAGGAUCACAAGUUCAAGCCCCCCCCCUCGGCAACUUAGUGACCCCAUAAGACCUUGUUUCAAAAUAAAACAUAAAAUGGAUACAAAAGUUAAGUGUGGAAGAGCUAGGGAUGUAACUCAGUGACACAAAGCCAGCCUGCCAAGCACAAGGCUGAGUUCCAUCCCCAGUACCCAGUACUUUAGGGGGAUAAAAAGUUGAGGAUGAAAAGAAUUAAAAGCAUCAUACCACAGUGAUCUAUGCACAUGUACGUUUAUAGCAGCUAAAUUUUAGAAGCAGCCCAAAUGCGUAUUAACUGAUGAACGGAUAAAGAUGUAUUUUUUAUAGGAUGGAGUACUGUUCUGUCAUAAAGAAUGAACUUGAACUUGAGACAUUUCUAGCUAAAUGGAUGCACCUUGUUGACACUAUUUAAGUGACAUAAAUUGGACAUAUGUAUUUACUGCAUUUUCUGUGGUGUGAAAAACUAUAAAUAAGGACUAAAAUGUGUAAUAGUUAUUGAGAAAUGAGAAGAAAUGUU